CAAUCGAUUUCGGAGGAACUCUUCUUCAUCUCAUUCACAUACAUCCCACCGAACGAAGAAGAUGGCGAUCCUCAAGCUACUCCUCAGCAUCUUCAGCAUCCUGUUGACAGUACGAGGGGCUGCCCUGCCGGAUGCUGAUCCGGAAGUUACCGAAUGUGAACUGACCACGGGCCGGACACUGACGGUUAUUAAAUCGGCAGGAUUCCCAUCUAGGUAUGGGUCCAACGUAGAUUGCCAAUACACUGUUCGGAGAAGAUCCAGAUCUGUAUGUUCCGUAACGUUUCUCUUUAAUGUUAUGGAUUUGGAGAUGAGUCCGAACUGCACUAAAGAUUAUCUUCUGCUGAGCGGAGAGAAGAUGUGCGGUUCGAAGCCCAUAGGAUUUUCCAGAACUGUGUCCUUCUCUGAAGAGGAUCAGGUAACGAUGUCCUUUCAUUCCGACAACGAGACGAGAGGUCUGGGCUACAUGGUAACUGUCGUCCAACAAGACUGUCCAUUGCCAACAUGCGAUGCGACUUUCAUCGAAGAAGAUUUCAUAAUAUCCUCACCCAACUAUCCUCUGCCAUAUGACAAUGGUCGAACAUGCACCUAUACAAUACACAAAUCUAAUCCAUCUAUCUGUAGACUACUUUUGAAAGUGGUAUCUUUUGAUGUUGAAGAAGACCCCCAUUGCCUAUCUGAUUUCUUAUUGGUCAACAAUGAUAGACUGUGUGGUGUAAUGAGUGAAGGACAAAUAAUUGACACAAGCUUCCUAAACUCGACUCUAGUUAUUGAAUUCCAGAGUGACCACGUGACGACAAGAGACGGCUUCCGGUUUAAUGUUCACCAAGAGAUGUGCGAUUCGUCUUCAGAUGCACCAGCAUCAACGACGCUCGUACAAACAACUGCCCCCGAUAACGCCACUGAAAUCAUUGCCACCACCAUCAGUCCAACUACCGAAUGAUUCAUUAUAACGAAAACAACUAAACCUUGGUGUAAAAUUUCAGUCCUAUUUCUUCUGCUCAGCAAGACAGUCCAACUCUUUCUGCAUGAGCCACAACACCUCAUCUACCCUCCAGGUCACAGAAAGGGACAGCAAGGCAAACAGUGCUGAACCAAACAUCAUAACUGACCGCCAAAAUCAUUUUUAGUAGAUCUGUUCUGUAUGAGACUACAUGUAAAGUAACUGAAAUUAGUCUUGAUCAGCGAUGCAUUGUUUUAAGCGUUUUGCCAUGCAUUAAGAAUCACUGAAUUAUUGUUAUAUGAAUUUCGACAACCGAUAAUCACUUAUUUGCAAUAAUUAGAGUACCAGACAGAAAUUAGAAGUAAUCGCAUUAAUGUAGUUAAAUUCUCACAAAUUCAAAUACUUUGCAGUGCAUUUCGCUAUUAUCGAAUAGUUUUAACUAACGUUUUAGUUAAGUGUUAAAAAAAUGUUAGAGUAUUAACCAUAACUUCCUUAAAAAAGUGCUUAACUUCUUCAAUUUACGAAAUUUCGGCACCAUAAUUUAACAUAACUUACCUGGGUAAUAUUUAUUGUUGUGGAAAAGGGAAAUAUUUGAAGUAUUUUAAAUCAUUUGACAAAUAAAGAAUUGUUUUGUUUAUUCGGAAAACUUUAAAUUUUUCAUUGAAGAUUUUCGAGUAACAAUUAGUGAAGUGAGACAAAUUAAUGUUUAUAAAAAUAUUGGAAUGCACUUACAUCAUAGAGUUUUUUUUUCCCAUUUACAUUUAUUGCGUUAAAUGAUGUAAAAAGUAAAGAGAAAAAACACACUAAGACGGGAUUUGUAUACACCUGGGAGGCUGCUGAGUAAUCAAUAAAGUGAUUCGAUGAGGAGGAUAUAUUGCAAAUGUCUGAGGUUGAGAUAGGGGAAGGUGGGAAUUAAUGGUAAAUCGAUGGGAAUUCAAAUCGAGAAGGGAAGAAAAUGAAUUGUAUUCUUGAUGAAAGAUGGGCGUUUAGUUAUGACUUUGUAGUUAUCUACAAUGCGGCGAGAAAGUUAAGUAAACUUUUGGGUUUUAUACAUUCAUAAGAAUGCUUGCGAGUGUUAAGCAAUUUUUAGCGAAAAAGCUCAAUGAAAAUCAGUUGUAAUCUUAAUGAAAGAUGGGCGUUUAGUUAUGACUUUGUAGUUAUCUACUAAAUGGCGAGAAAGUUAAAUAAACGUUUGUGUUUUAUCCUCUCAUGAAAAUGCUUGUGAGUGUUUAAUAUUUUUUAGCGAAAAAGCUCAAUGAAAAUGAGUUGUAAUCUUAAUGAAAGAUGGGCAUUUAGUUAUGACUUUGUAGUUAUGACAAUGUGGUGGAGAAGUUUGGUAGGCUUUUGGGUUUUAUACAUUCAUAAGAAUGCUUGCGAGUGUUAAACAGUUUUUAGCGAAAAAGCUUAAUGAAAAUGAGUUGAUGAAAAUGAGUUGAUGAUAAGCGCCCAUCUUUAUGAAAGAUGGGCGCUUAGUUAUGAUUCUGUAGUUAUUUACAAUGUUGCGAGAAAGUUAAGUAAAUUUUUAGGUUUUAUCCUUUCAUAAAAAUGCUUGCUAGUGUUUAACAAUUUUCAGCGGAAAUGCUCAUUCGUAAAUUUUAAAAUACAUGAAAAUUUUCAUAUACUAGCAUUGAUUGAAAAAUAUAAAUAAGUUAUAAUUUCAGAUCGUAGCAUUGAAAUAUAUGAUUGUUCUAAACAUAAUGUGUAUCGAUUGGCGAUCGAAAUUGGGCUACAGGUGGUGUAGAGCAGAACUCUCUACCUAUGGCAACAUUUUCCAUGAUUUUACCAUUAGCAUGUGGAGAGUCAUAUUAGAUGGAAGCGCGUUAGUUUCUCUCUUGAUUUUCAAAUAGAAUAAGAACUUUUAAGUUAGGAACUGAAAACUACAUUAAAAAAAUAUUUGUGGCAAUUAAAUACAAAAAAUAUUAAGAAAGGCGAAAAUAUUGUAGUAAAUUCUUAUACAACUGAGAAGAGGAGGAGAGGGUCAAGAUAUGAAACUGCUACCCAGAUAGCAUAUUCAAGCGUUGCGAUCGCGAAUGUUGGAUUAAAUGAUUUCGUCUUAUGGAUUACAGAUAUUUUUUUUUAAAUGAUUAAAAUGAAUGGUGCAUUAUUGCUUGCAAGGACAUAAAGUAAAGCGUUUCAACGAAGUAAAAAUUUAAUUUAGAAAUAAAAUAAAAUUCAGAGGAUAUGUAUCUAUAUUUAUUUGUUUUUCAAAAAGAAUGUACAAAAACAGUCGAUUAAACAUUUAAAUAUAUUUAACAGUUUUAGAUGUAUAGUAUGUUAAGUUUUUUUAAAAAUUUUUUUAAGGAAAAGUUAUCUAUCAAAAAUUCACUGAGUAACAAUUUUGUAGUAAUAAUUAUCAUAAUAAGCUAUACGGAUAAAAAUUAUUUAACCAAUUUUGACAAGCAGUUAAUCCUAAAAAAUAGGAUAGUUGAGUUACGACGUUUGCGCGUGAUCCAACAGUUGGAGUUUUAUUUUUCGUGCAUUGAAAUGUCUAAGCUGAUGACGCUUCACUUAUCUGUCCCCAAGCAAUCAAUCAAUGAAGAAUGAGUUACAGAUAGCAACCAGUAGAAAUGUGUUUCAUGAAUAUAAAUCGCCCAAUAGAAAUGGUGCAAACGAACAACAAAUAGAAAUGGAUUUAUUCCAUUCCGUGAUGUAGCUCAACUUCUGGCUUGGACAUCUCGAUUGUUUCAUUUAUUUUUAGGUGUUAUCACGUGUCUUCGUUUCAUUAUAUGUGUAUAACGUAUUUCUUCAUUUAUUUCCAGAUACUUUCAACGUUCUUUAUGUAAUUUCUCGUAUUUUUUGUAAACUUUUUCAUAUGUGAUUUUCCUGGGUGUUGGUUUCCUUUUUUCAAAACACAAUUACUUUAACAGAUUAUUGCUUGUUUAUGUUGGCUAAAUAAUUCUUAUUUACCCUUUAUUUUUCUUAAUACAUCCGUCUAGAAAAUAUGACUUAAAAUACUAUUAUUUCAAAACACACGAGAUAAUAUUUUUGCUAGAAAACAAUGAAAUUGAAAAGUCACUAUUGUUCAAAGUUAUAAACCCUCCAAAUCAUAUAUAAAUUUAACUUAAGAUACAUACGAAAUGUAGCCUAGAACAAUAUCGUAGAGAAAGCUUAGUCUUGGCAAGUUAGAAAGUUGAUCGAAAAGCUGUUUCAAGUCCACACACCACUUUCUAUUUAUAUUCUCAGCACAAGUACAAGCAGCAUGUUUUAUUUCCUCAAUGCUUUAUUUCCAAGUAAACUGUUUUCUGAAAAUGGAUUAUGAGCAUGAUAGUUUUAUAUUUAUAGCAUGCUCUGUAACAUUUGUUGGUAUAAAGUGUUUUAAGUGAUAUUUGGUCUGUAUUCUAAAAGUGUAAUGAUGUUCAAGUUAAUAAAUAUAAUUUUAUGACAAAUUUAGCAUAUGU